AAGAGCUCAGUUUGUUAGGAAAGAUAAUGAAAGUAGCCUCAUGUCAACGUGCUGAAGUAAACAAGAGAGAGCAGUGUUAAAAAAGUAAACAAGUCUUUUGUUCUGGAAAUGGCAGCAGUAUAUAAGCCAGGACAAGUGGCUGCUGCCCUGUUUUCCAAGAACAAGUCUUCAGCAUCUGAGAAUACUUCUCUCGCAAGUCUUUUUACGGCUACUAAAGCACCAGAUGGGUUUCAGUAUCUCCCUCAGCAUGCAGCUAAAAAAGCGGAUUCCCUGAAAAGACAGGCAGUUUCAGACCAAACAACGGAAGAGAAGAACAACAAAUCUUCUGCAAAGAAAAGGAAAGUACAGAAGGAGAAAGCGACCAGCUCUGAUGAUGUUUCCUCCUCCAAGGCAUCUGAAUCUGGACCUGUGGAGUUUCCUUUUCAACAUGAGACAUUAGCAAAAGUAGCAAAAGAAGAAAAGAAAAUGAAAAGGGUGGUUAAAGAACCCAAGAAAAAGAGAACAAGCUCAGAUCGGAAAAAAGAAGAUGAGAUCGCUGAGAAAAGGCCCAGGAGAAACAGAAAAAGGGACAAGACAGCAGACACACGGACUGUGUUUAUUGGAAAUUGCCCACUCUCAGCUGACAAAAAGGUUCUCAAGAGUUUGUUUAAAGAAUAUGGAGAAAUUGAAUCAAUUCGGUUCAGAUGUGCUCCUGCAGCAGAACCAAAUUUGCCCAGACGAGCAAUUGUAAUCACGAAAAAUUUUCAUGAAAAAGGUAGCAGCUACAUUGCCUACAUUGUGUUCAAAGAUGAUGAAUCAGCUAACAAAGCUUUAGCAAGAAAUGGCUAUGUAUUGGACGAUCAGCACCUCAGGGUAGACAUUGCUGCUUCUGCUAAAAAGCAUGACAAGAAGAGAUCUGUGUUUGUUGGCAAUCUACCAUUUGAUGUGAGGGAAGAGGAACUGAGAAGUCACUUCUUGGACUGUGGUGAUAUCAUCAAUGUGAGGAUAGUGAGAGACAGACAGACCAGUCUUGGCAAAGGGAUCUGUUUCAUUCAAUUUGAGUCCAAAGAUUGCGUAAGCCUGUCCCUGAAGUUGAAUGAGUCGGAAUUCCGGGGGAGACGGCUACGUGUGAUGGCUUGUACAAAAAAGGCAAAAAAGAAAGAGGAAAAGAAUAUGAGUGAUGCUGCCAAGAAGAAGAAACUUACACCAAAGGGGAGUGAAAAGAAAGAAAAGAAAAGGAUUGUCUUCGCACCAAGCAAUGCCACUUCGUCUAAUUUCAAGAGCAUCUUGAAAAACAAGAAGGAAAAGCGUCUGCGCAAACUCAAGAAGGCGGCGAGUGCAAAGAAGGGAGACAAGUUGACAUCCAUUCUGGGUGAGGCUCUGCAGGCUCCUUCAAAAGCGACGAAAAAGGUCAAAAAAAAUCCAGGACAGGGUGCUGGCAAGGGACCACAGAAGGGCUUCAAGGGCAAGGGUCCACAGAAGGGCUUCAAGGGCAAAGGAGGAAAAACAGGAUUCAAGGGGACCAAAAAAUCUAACAAGAAAAAAAGAUGAAAUGUUGCUGUGUAGUUUUACUAUUAAAUUCUAUUAAAUUGAAA